CCCGUGGCUCUCGAUCGCAACCAGCCAGCAGCCAGCCAGCAGUGAUGAGCUUCGUCAAGUUUAAGGACGUGAUUGAGGACGGUGACACCGUCAUCGUCAAAUAUGCACAGCACUCAUCAUUUGUCGUUGUGGAAAAGGGCAAGGAUUUCCACAACAAGCACGGGCGCUUCUUGUUUGAUGAUAUGAUUGGCAAGCCGUUUGGCUCAAGGAUAUACGCGAGCGAUCGCGGAAGCCUACGCAGCUACAUCUAUGCCAUGCACCCGACACCGGAGUACUGGACAGAGGUGCUACCACACCGCACCCAGAUCAUCUACGCUUCGGAUAUCUCCAUGGUCACGUUCAUGCUCGACCUCAAGCCAGGCAGCGUCGUCUUGGAGACGGGCACUGGCAGUGGUUCGCUGUCGCAUGCCAUCGCACGCACCAUUGCACCCACAGGCCACCUCCACACGUUUGACUUUCACGCCGAGCGCGUCGAGAAGGCAAAAGCUGAGUUUGCGUCACACGGGCUGUCGGAUGUGAUUACAGUCAAGCAAGCAGACGCCACGCGCGACGGCUUUGGCGUCGACGGGCUGUGUGAUGCCGUGUUUCUGGAUCUUCCAUCGCCACAUCUCGCCCUCCCAUUCGCCGACAAGGCGCUCAAGAGCACUGGUGGUCGUCUGUGUUCGUUCAGUCCGUGCAUUGAGCAAGUGCAACGCACGUGUGAUCUCCUCCGCGACAUGAAGUACACAGACAUAUUGACCAUUGAGGUGCUGGAGCGUAAGCUUGAAGCCAAGCCAACGACCAUGCCCGAGUGCCCGCUCACCUCCACUGCUCCGCCAAAGGCGGGCAAGCGCAAGGCUGGGGAGUCAAGCGGUGCGUCGAAGCGAGACAAGCGAGGCUCUUCCAUUGACGACACCAGCGCGUUGUCGUUUACGAGCACGAACCAUGUGGCGGAGCAGAAAGGCCACACGGGCUUUCUGACCUUUGCUACGAAACCCCACGCAUUGUUGCUGCAAUCACCAGCAGAGGAUGAUGACGAGGGUGAUGAGGGUGAUGAGGGUCGCAAGAACGAAUAAACACACUCGCUUGUCCA